AUGCACACUGUGUUCUUUCUGCAGAUUAUCAUUGGUGAUGAGCGAAGUUUCACAUUCGAUGGCGCGUUCGAUAUUGGAACUCGACAAGACGCAUUAUACGAUAAAUGCGUCAAAAAUCUGGUCGAAGGAACUUUCGACGGCUUCAAUGCAACUGUUUUGGCUUACGGCCAGACAGGUAGCGGUAAGACCUAUACAAUGGGUACGGCGUUUGAUCUGAUGGAUGUGAUGCAGGCCAGUGAAAUUGGCAUUGUUCCUCGUGCCAUUGAGCAUCUCUUCACAGAAAUGGAGGAGCGAAAACGCCAAGCUGUGGAACAAGGUUUGAUAGAACCUUGUUUCGAUAUCGUCGCACAGUUCGUCGAG